AUUUUCCUUAUUUAUUUCCACUAGAUUGGAAAUGAAAUUGGCGUAAUUUAUGAAUUUUUCUGUUUAUUACCGAACGAUAUCCGGCGUUACCGAAUCCGCGUUUAAUUCUCCUAUCAGUAUUUAAAGUUGGGUGGAUCUGCUGAGCUGUACAUCAUCAGCAAUAUAUAAAUUAUCUUCAUCAAACGCAGCAAUUAGAGGUUGCUUGCUUGUGCUUGUGUUUUUUCUAGAAUUCAAAACUGUAGCACAAGAACUGAGCUUAGUUUGCAGUUUUUGAACACUAGAAGCUGGACAAACAAACAUCAUGGUGAAAAUACUUAAAUAUAAAGUUGGAGACAAAGUGUUUGCUAAAGUUAAAGGUUAUCCUCCCUGGCCCGCUAAAGUGGUCGGCGAGCAGAAUGCAAACACCAAAAACAGAAAAUUGAAUGUAGUAUUUUAUGGGACUAAAGAAAUUGGGGCUAUAAAACCCGAGGAUCUCUUUUACUACUUAAAGUACAAAGACACAAUCGUGCAGAAGUAUACAAAGAAAGCUGGUUAUCUGGAUGCCGUUAAGCAGAUCGAAGAAGCCGUUAAAAAGGACGGAGGAGAUGGAAAUGAUGGAAAUGCCAGCGAAGAUUCAUCUAUACAAGAUAUUGAGGUAUCUGAUUCAUCAGUAACAUCGAGUGCAUCAGAAAAAAAAGCCCCUAAAAGAAAAGUGACUUCCCUACCGGCAGGUGAGCCUGCGGCCAAGAAAGCUGCCGGUAGAGGAAGAAGGAGUGCUGCUGCUGCAGCAGAUUUAAAAAAUACAGAAGAUAGUGGUACCGAAGAGGUGGCACCCAAAAGGGGCCGAAGAAAAUCCAACCUAACUAAUGUUUCAGAUGAACGUUCCGAGGAGUCAGAUAGUGCUAAAAAAGGCAAUGAGUCAGACGUGCCAGGUGAAACUAAGGAAAAAGAGUCCAUUGAGGAAGAGAAGGAGGAAUCUGCAAAGAAAAUUAAUGAUAAUGGUGUAAUAAAAGAGUCCUCGAAAAAGACAGAGCCAGUGACAGAAAAAGAAGAAGGCGAAACACGAAAGAAAGAAACAGAAACAACCGAGUCGGAAUCCGAGGUGGAAACAAAGAAACCCUCAGAGGAGAAAAUGGAAGACACGACCACGGCGAGUGAAACAGAAAAUCUGUCCAAGGAGGAUAAGAAUAGCACUAACGAGGGCGAAACUUCCAAUGAGAAACCGAAAGAGUCCAUUGAAGGUAAUAACGACGACGCAGGAGGAAGUAACAAAGACGAAACGACGUCCGACGAAUCGCCCGUCGCUGUCAAAGUGGAAAUCGUGACGAAACACUUGUUACAGAACAAUAUCCAAUAUGCGGAACAUGUGAAGAAGAACGUCGAUUUGUAUAAAAAUAAACCAGUGGAAAAACGUCACUGCACUCAAGACGACACCCUAAACGUAAAACUGCCGUCCGGCAAGAUCUGCGGCAUUAAAAUCCACAAAGAAUGGCCUCUGAAUCACGAGAACGAGUACGAGAGAGCCCUUUACGACGAAAAAACCGCCAAAUUGGCUUUAGAAAUUAGGGAUCUACUGAGUACCGGUAAAAAAACCCCGAAACAGAUCGAGGAACUGGAGGUGAUUCCCAACAUUAAAAUGUCCCCGGAAGAUCUGAAGGAAAUCACGUACGCGAAAGAUGUUGAGUCGAAAACGAGACGACUGGAUCGACUUAAAAAGGAGGCGGAUUUGGUCACUUGGGAUUCGACCAUUAAAAAUAACUUAGGCUUAGAUAAGGCCCUUCCCGAUGUGGCCCUUAAGGACCUAAAGGCCUUCAAAACGUUCGAGAAGGAUCUGGACAGUUUAAUGUUUAAAAAGCAUCCGCACGUCUUGGACACAAUCAGAAGACUGAGAAAAUACGUGGGGAACAUCAAAGAGUGGAGCAUGACCGAGAAGGAUCUCGAGCAUUUCACUAAAAUGGCCGAGAAAAUUAGAAACGAGGCAGAAUGGAUUUAUAAUCAAAUUAAGGCUAUUAUUCCCUUGCCAGAAGAAAAAGGUUCGUUCUGGGACGGUUUUAUGGACUUGGUCAGCGAAUUUCGGAUCAGGUGCAAGGACUUAUCGGAAAGUGAGGUUCUGGUGUUAUGCGCCGAACCAGAUUCCCGGCAAUCCUUCCUGGAUAAAAUCGACGAAUUAAUUGAUCCAGAGGAGGCAAACGUAGGUGCUUCGAACCCGUCCGAACCCGUCCUAAAAGAAACCUGCGUUAAAGGAUGGGCGGAUAAGAAGUGAACGGCGUCGACACGAGUCAAACAAAACAAUUGUAUAAAUACUAUCGCUAUUUUUUAAGACUUAAGGUCAAUUAGGCCUUAGAAGUUUUAAAGGUUUCAUUUUGAAAUAACGGCCGUUCUGACCUUGGAUUCUUAAGGAUAGUUCUAUAUUUUUUAGUAAAGAAAAGUCCAUAUUUUCCUACUGUAAAAACGGUUUUACUUGGUUUUUCUCAGUUCACUUAUUGCGUUUUAGUAGUGCGUUACUAAUCAUUGCAAUCACUUACAUUCUCUUUUAUGUAUUGGACAUAAAAGUAUAUAUAAUUUUUUUUUAAAUAAAUAUAUCAUUUUGUAUUAAAAAA